CGCAAGAUGGCGGCGGGGCGGGAGGGCGGCGCGUUGUAGCGCCCGCGAGCGGUACCCGGCCCCGCCAUGGCGGACCUGGGCCGGCAGUUGCAGGAGUACCUCGCGCAGUCGAAGGCCGCUGCCGCCGGCGGCUCCAGCACGGCCCCCGCGCCGCCGCCCGCCGGCUGCUCGCAGGAGGAGGCGGAGAGCGGCGGCGGCCUGGGGGCCUGGCUGGGCCCGCUGAACCCCUUCCCGCCGGGCCGCGGCGCCCCUCCCGUGGCGGCGGCGGCCGGACCGGGGCCGAGUUCGGGCUGGCCGUGGGCGGCCGAGGCGGACCCCUGCUUGCCGGGUCUGUCGCGCUGGCAGCGGCUGGCUGGGAGCGGGCUGUGCCUGCUGCUGGCCGCCCUCUGCUUCGGGCUGGCCGCACUGUACGCGCCGCUGCUGCUGCUCCGCGCCCGCAAGUUCGCGCUGCUCUGGUCCCUCGGCUCGCUCUGCGCCCUGGGCGCCGCCGCCCUGCUGCGGGGGCCCGCCCGCCUGCUGCGGGAGCCCAGCCGCGGCUUCCUCCUCUACCUCGGCGCCCUCGGCGGUACCCUCUACGCGGCGCUGGGGCUGCGCAGCACCCUCCUGACGGCGCUGGGCGCCGCCGUCCAGCUGGGCGCCGCCGCCGCCGCGCUCCUGGCCGCGCUGCCCGGGGGCGCCGCGGGGUUGCGCCGCCUCGGCGGCCUCCUCAGCGCCGCGCUACGCCGCCGCGGCAAAGUGCUGCCGGUGUGAGCCCCGCGCCGCCGCCACGGGGGGAGGACCGGGCACAGCCCGGCGGGACUCGGACAAAGACUGAGGGAGAGUCACGCUGCGCGGGGCGCGAAGACAUCUCUCCGAGACGGGGCUGAGGAUGGCGCCGUCUUACGCCGCUUCUCUUCUCCUCCUCCGCGUUCCUGCUGGGUUUUCCUCGCCAGUUCUUGAGCAAGAAAAGCACCGGCUGGCACCCAAGAACGGCACCGGUGACUGACUAAACUCGUUUCGCUGGGUUCGGGUGUAGCGGUGUUGGUGCCAGCCUGCCGAGCCGUCCCCGAGCACGGGAUUUUGCCUUAUUGCAAAGUCAGCUCGAUAGCCAUGGUCUGGAGUCUCUCCGGCUCCGGGUGGGAGCUGGCAGCAUCCCACUUUCCUACCUCCAGUAUAGGACCAUGUGGCUGCUGCAGCCUACUUCAAAACGAUGGUAGACUAGCAAGGAGCGGUGAUUUCCCGUGUUUUGGAAUUUUACCGUCAGCACCACUUGUAAUCUGUAGACAGCUGUGGCUAAAGGAUUCUGGUUUCCGCCCUCCUUCAAAGCGUGGAAAUUCAUCUGGAGUAGGAAGUAAACCCUUCCGGCCUCCUGAGCAGUAAGAGAUGCAGGGGACAGAAGUGAGAAGAGACAUUGUAUUAA